AUGGGGCAAGUUGAUGUAGCAAGGACCUUGCUGAACAAAAUUCCCAGUCCCAAUACUGUGCUCUAUAAUACAUUAAUCAAUGGAUAUGUUGCUAGUGGAAGGUUUGAAGAAGCGAAGGAUCUUCUGUACAACAACAUGGUGGUAGCAAAAGGCUUCGAGCCCAAUGUGAUCACGUACACCAUAUUGAUAAAUGGUUUCUGCAAGCAAGGCAGAUUAGAGGAAGUGGCUGAAAUUAUGAAUAGCAUGUCGGCCAAGGGUCCGAGUCUCACUACGAGUGGGGUACAUUUGCUUGAUCCGUGCACUCUGUCCAAAGAUGGGAAGAUUGAAGAGGCUUUACAACUGUUUCGCGAAAUGUCAAGCAAAGGAUUAACAUACAAUACGUUGAUCAAUGCAUUUCUUAUGAGAGAUUCAGUUCAUCAAGCAUUUAAGCUUGUCGAUGAAAUGCUAUUUAGAGGGUGUCCUCUAGACAAUAUUACAUAUAAUGGACUUAUUAAAGUUCUCUGUAAAACUGGUGCAGUUGAAAAAGGAUUGGGAUUGUUUGAAGAAAUGCUUGGGAAAGGGAUUUUUCCAACCAUUAUCACUUGCAAUAUUCUGAUCAGUGCCUUGUGCAAAAUUGAGAAAGUAAAUGACGCACUAAAAUUUCUUGGGUCACCACUGAAGCAAGAUGGAUCGUUUUCAAGAAGCACUGAACAACUUGGAGGUUAUGAAUUUUGGGAGCUUGCAGUCCUCUUAAAAAAGAAGUCUAUGAAGAAAAUAACUGAAUUCAAUAUCUAA